AUGAUAGAAGUAAACUCCACGACUGUUUUGUGUACAACUAUCGAUGAUGAAGGGCUGAAGUAUUUCGACUGGUAUAUAUUUCCGUAUAUCGAUCUGGCUGUGACGUCACUGAUUCCAUUCAGUAUCCUAAUAGUGGGUAACAGUGUGUUAGUGUGGAAGGUGAUUCAGUCUGUACACGUGGCCCGUGUGAUGACCGCCGGAGGUUGUGACCAGGUCAACAGUCGCCAGAAAAAGGCCUCGUCACUCACCCUCACUCUCAUCACCGUGUCGAUGGCCUUUCUUCUACUUACCUUACCUAUCUGCACUUUUCUCAUUAUUAAUCCAGAUGUUUACUUACAGUCAUCACCGAAAGUCUUAUUCACUUGGGCCUUCUGCAAUUUAUCUUGGUAUGUCAACAGCGCCAUCAAUUUUUACCUGUAUUGCCUUAGCGGUUCUCGAUUUAGAACUGAAGCGAAAAAUUUAUUAUGUGGUCCAGGGACACCCUUGACUGAGUUUGUAACUGACUUCAAAGAAGAGAUCAGUGACAUCAUCAUGCGGUAUCCAGAGAAAUCUUGUUCCCUUGACUCCAUUCCCACCUAUCCCUUAAAUGAGUGUCUGAAUCUGUUGAUUCCACUCAUCAUAUCUCUCAUCAGUAAUUCUUUGCCAACUGCCACGGUACAACCUCAUGUUCCAAACCUCCCUUUAUUAUCCAAAAUACUUCAUAAAGCUGUGCCACCAUAA